AUGGAAGGGACUCAACGCAGUCUCCUGGCCUCCCGGAGAACUGGAGAUGCCGGAAGAACGGAAGAAGCUGGAUUGCUUUGGACCUCCCCGGGUUCAGAAGAUGUACCGGAGGAGACUCCUCCUGAGGUGAAGAAAGAAAUAAGGCGACGAAGAUUAGCAGACCCUUUGUCUCCUUCUCGUGUCUUGGCAAAUGAUUGCCUUCGGAUCGCCUUAAUGGGACCUCAAGAGUACAGCGCAUUUGUUACAUCAUCUUCCUCUUCGUCCUCCUCAGCAGCCGCAACGGCAGCAGCUGCAGCAGCAGCAGAGAUUGGCCGCUUUUCGGUGCCUGUGUGGGUUUGCAGAGACCCUCUUUUAGCUGCGAAUGUCUCCUUGCAACCUUUUAUUCGUUUUCCUCUUUUAGACGCUGUUAUUAUCUUUAGCGAUAUCCUUGUCCUGCCAGAGGCCAUGGGGAUGCCCCUCUCAGUGGAAGAUGGAGAAGGGCCACGUUUUAGCUGGCGAUUGGAAUCUCCCGAUGAUAUUCAACGGCUAGAUGUAGCCUUCGAUGUUGAAGACAGACUGGGAUACGUAUUUGACGCAAUAUACGCGACAGCAGAGCGGCUUGAGGGGAAAAUACCGAUAAUAGGGUUUAGCGGAGGGCCUUUAACUUUAUUUUGUUAUAUGGUGGAGGGAGGAGCAGCAAAAAAAGGAUGGACAAGAGCAAAAGAAUUUCUCUUUCAAUACCCUAAGGAAUCGUUGCUACUGCUGCAGCAGAUCGCAGCUGCAGCAACUAAAUUCCUUGUCUUUGACACGAUCGCUGGUGUGUUUGCCCCCGAGCAGUACGAAGAAUUUGGGGCCCCUUUUAUGAGCCAGAUUGCACAGGACGUGUCUGCCUUCUAUCCGGGUCUACCUCUUAUUGCCUUUUCGAAGGAUUAUCUUCCUAAAUCCUUUUUAAAUUCUUCCUUUUCUGCUGUAUCAGCCUCUUGGGGUUUAGAAAGGUCUCUGAUUAAAGAGCGCUUCCAUGCAGGCGCUGCUCUAAGGCAGCAGCCCGUCGCCCUAAGCAGCAAAUCAAUUAAAGCCAUUCAAGGAAAUCUUGACCCACAAAUCCUCUAUGCUCCAGAUCAUCUCAUACGCAGAGAGACAGAACGCAUGGUGAGGGACUUCCAGCCAGGGCGUUACGUCGCUAACUUAGGGCAUGGAAUGGAGCCUUGGAUGGAUCCCCACAAGUUAGGCGUCUUCUUGCAGGCAGUUAAAGAUACUGCAGCGGACAUCAAAAGGCAACACCAGUCAACGCUACCUGGCUAG